CUCCCUCUGGCUGCUCCAGUUAUCUACAGCCCAUCCUGUUGUUCGCAGACUUACUGUGGCUCAGUCUUUAUGUUUGCUUUUCUCUUCAUACGUAGGAGCUGAUUUCUUGAGAAAGAUCGCUUUUUGUUUUGAAGUGUGAGUUCAGGGGAGGCAGAGGUCGGGCUGUGUUUAGGCUCUGGAAGACAUAAAGCAGAGGGAAGACGAAGCAAGGCCAAUUCUGGAAAGACCCUUGCUUGGAUUCUUCAAGUACCACAUCAGAGAGUUACUCAAAGACCCACAAAGAGGAAACGGUAACAGAGAGAAGAGGAUCGGUGCUUUCUGAGAAGUGAACUAGCUUUCAGGAUAAUGAGCAAUGUGUGAACUUGUUAACUAGGUCUAUUCUCUUUGACCUUAAUUUAAACUGAGGAUUAGCCAUCUCAUCAGAGUUCUUGGUGAAAAGCCAAGGCUUGUUUUGCCUCGAGGAAACUCAAAAGAAGGAUUGGGAAGGAAACUAGCUGCUCAUUCCCUCAGAGAAAGCUUUUGCAUAUUUCCUUUGGCAAGGAAAUUGAAGCGAUUAAAAAGCUAAUUUAUUUGGACCAACUUCAAGAAAAAAAAGCACACUGCAUUUACAGUUGUUGCUUCAAUGCAUUUGGAUCAGUUCUAUAGCUCAACCCAGGAGCAUGCUGUUUAUCUACCUGGAUUCAGCUCAUCAAAGGAUCCAAAAAUUUAUUGAUAAUCUCCAUCUUCUCAGGCAAUGGAGCUUCGUAAGAGAGUUAAGCUGAGGGAGCGCAAACAUAAUUUGGGUCUUUCACAAAAUGCACCGGCUGAAGGGACAUGCAGCAGUAACAUGAUCUGGGGGACAGAAAAGUCUAAUGCCAUACAUGAGGGGGGUACAGGGGAGGUUUCUCUGCUUGGAGGAUCUGGUACUUGUUCCGGUUCAGGCAUUCUAUCCCGGUGGCCUUGGCGACAGUGUGUUUCCAUGGCAGCGGGGCUGGUAUUGGCUGGGCUACUGGCGCUGACUCAGGCCUGGUGCGUCAACAGCAUACACGAGAAUCUGCUGUGGUUCUCUCAGCUCACGGAAGUGGAGCGGGAGAUCUCCUUUCGGACAGAGUGUGGACUGUACUACUCCUACUACAAGCAAAUGUUGCAGGCCCCAUCCAUACAGGAAGGGCUCUCAGAUUUAAUCCAUGACAACUUGACAGAAUCCAAGAGGACCAUUAAUCUUCUACAGCGAAUGAAUAUCUACCAGGAGGUCUUUCUCAGUGUUCUCUACAGAUUGUUGCCCAUACAGUUGUAUCUGGAGCCAGUGUAUUUCUACAUUUACACAGUGUUCUCGCUCCAAGCGGUGUAUGUGAUCGCUCUGUACCUCACAGCAUGGCUCCUGUCUGGUUCCUGGCAGGCUGGUACGCUCACCGGGGUCUGGUACAUCCUCAACAGGGUAGAUACCACUCGUGUGGAGUUCACCAUCUCCCUCAGAGAGAACUGGUCUUUGCCCUUCCUAGCGCUGCAGGUCACCGCUAUCACCUGUUAUCUCAGACCUCAGCUCACCGCCUUACAGCAGAAGGUGAUGGUGUGGUUGAUGUAUGUGACAACGUUCUGUUUCUGUCUGACGUGGCAGUUCAACCAGUUCAUCCUUCUUGUUCAGGCUCUCAUCAUAUACACCCUGGACUGUGUCGACUUCUUAACAACAACACAGGUGACCACGCUGUACCUUGUUCAAGUGAGUGGUCUGUUGAGUGUGUGGCUCCUCCAGUUCUGUAACUCCAUGAUACUGGGAUCACUGGUCCUGAGCUUCAUCGUAGCCGCACUCUUCAUCAGACACUGCCAGUCUGGUCUGAAGACAGGAAGCCUGUUGGUUCGUCUGGGCAAACUGGUUCUCCACAGUGCCAUGGUUCUCCUCCUCACCUUCACCAUCAACUACCUUGCCAAGAAAGCACUUCAGCUCAGAUCAGACGAACACAUCUUUAAAUUCAUCAAGUCAAAGUUUGCUUUGGGGCUGACGAGGGAUUUUGAUGCCAGUCUGUAUCUGUGUGAGGAGGCCUUCGGCCUGCUGCCCUUCGACACACUGGAGCGCCUGGCUGGUACCCUGCUACUUUACCCCUACAUCCUCACACUGCUACUGCUCAGCGGCAUGUUGGCAGUGGCCGCACUGCAGAACCUGAGCAGACCUAAAGGAGGUUCAGCUGAGGAGAGGAAAGGAGCUGGAGAAGGGCGAGUAGUGGCUUUUCGUCCAGAUGUGGCCUAUAAUCUGUUGCAUACACUGUUCUAUGGCCUCCUGGCUUUCAGCACUAUGAGGAUGAAGUAUAUAUGGACUGGACAUAUGUGUGCGGUCGCGGCCUAUGGUGUGUGUGGGACAGAGUUGUGGAUUCUGCUUCUCAGCACUCUCCGCUGCAACACUAAAGUUCUGUUAAGGCUUGUCAGAUAUGCAGUUCCACUGGCGAUGAUCGGUUGCCUGUAUUAUAAGUUCUGGCCUAAGCUAAUGGAGGAAUUAUCAGAACUGAGGGAGUUUUAUGAUCCAGACACUGUGGAGCUCAUGACCUGGAUUAGCACAAAGACUCCUAAGCGGGCUGUAUUUGCAGGCAGCAUGCAGCUGCUGGCUGGCAUCAAGCUGUGCACAGGCAGAGUUCUCACCAACCACCCCCAUUAUGAAGAUAAAGACCUGCGGGAGAGGACCAGACAGGUGUAUCAGGUGUAUGCUCGCCGGUCCCCGGAGGAAGUCUAUGGCAUCUUGAGGACCGUCGGGGCUGACUAUGUGGUGUUAGAAAACAGCAUCUGUUACGAGCGGAGGCACAGGCGAGGCUGCAGACUGCGGGACCUGCUCGACCUGGCCAACGGACAUAUCAUGGACGGACCGGGAGAGAAUGACCCAGACCUCGUCCCUGCCUCCCACCCUCGAUUUUGCGAGGCCAUCAAGACGGACACAGCGGGUUACACCGCUCUGUUCACCAGAACAUUCCAGAACAAAACCUUCCAUGUGUACCGGGUCAAGAAGAAACGCAAGAAAAACGCCAAGAGCUCGUCAGAGCCCAGCGCGACUCAGUAGCAGGAGCAGGGCUGCAAGAAAAAACCCGUCCGAAGCCAGAGGGGAGAGAGAUGGAGAAGAAGGGAUAAAAGCACAGAAUCCUCGCUGUUCCUCUGUCUCCUCUCUGCACUGUGCCCAGCUGUGAUCAUGCCCAUUAUUUUUUUUAACACAUGGCUCUGUGAACUGUGGUGUUAGAGCAAUGGGCCGGUUCAAGCUUGGGUCUACAUUGUUUUAGUUAGUGGAGUGUGGAAGCACCUAUAGGAGUCCUGCUUUGGGCUCUUCUGUUGCCACCCGCCCAUUCUGCCCUUCGCCCAGCUCUCACUGGUGCAGAUAAACAGAAACAACUAUUGGACCUCCUAAGCAGGCUCUGGAGCACCACGAGCAACGACUAAUAAUUUAGUUUCAUUUGAAGUAGUCAAGGUCAUUCUGCACAUCAUCAUGAAUUAAACAAAAUAUUAUUCAAAUACCUAGAAUUAUUGUUUUCUCUUUCAUACUGAGUAGGAUGGGGGUUCAGUAGCAUUUACCAAAUCUAGAUUCAACAUAGAAUCUAAUAAAAAGCAUUUUAUUAAAUUUAAGUUUAGGUUUUAACACAUAACAUUCAUAAAUAACUUGGUAUUUAAAAGUUAAAGCUCAAAGAUUGACAUUGAAAUAUUCAAUACAUUGUAAUAAAAAACAUUUUUAGAUAUACAGCAUAUGAUUUGCUAUUGAGCUCCUCUUUGCCAAUGAAAAUGGGGGAGAAAAUAAAAGAUUUGUUGAGCUUAACAAAUCUGGGGAUUUUAACUUGUGGGAACAUUUUGUGUAAGUGCAAGUUGCCACUGCAGUUCUGACUUAUAUUGGUUAUAAAGGGUACAAAGGGAAUUGAACAGUGUUGAUUAAAAGUCUUUGUAAAUUCCCCAAAAUUGCUAUGAACUAAAAACUAUGGAAGAGCUCUAGUGAAACAGGAAAUGUUCUGACUAGAUUUUUAUUUAAUUUUUUUAGAAAUGAGCAAAAAAAAAAACAAUUUCUCACUUUGCCAAAACAGUUCCAACUCAAGGUGCACUGAACUAGCUUUUCCAUAGCUUUCAACGGCAUUAGUGGAUGGCUCAGCUGUCAGCUGGAACAGCAUCUGUUUGUCUGCAGUCUCAGUCGCUCUUAAGGACUGGUCACACCAGAAAGUGGCACAUUUAUUUGGUUGUAGAAGCUUGGUGCUUUAGUGACUACUGGAAAGGCUAGUUGGUGAAUUAUUGUAGCUGGCAAGCUAACCACUAACACUCUAGCCAGCCGUGACAUGGUAGCACUUGGCAGUCACGGUAGCUCCCAGAGCUUUUUUCUUCUUCUGUACUGUGCCGCGGCAUUUUGUUGUCAGGAUUGUACAUAAGUUCAUUCAAUAAAGAGUUUUAUUGAAGAGGGAACAGCUUGCUAACAAGUUCGCCAUUAGCUUGGUUGCUAACAGGACAAUGUCACACAGUUUAUUCAAAAGACAUAUUUGUAGCAUAAACUCCUGUCUCAUACCUUUCUGCGAACCAUUCCUCUUUUGUGGAGCAGUUUAUACUUCAACAGAAGAGGUCAAAUAAAAGUGGACGGUGCCACACAGCUAAUAAGCUACGAUAGAUUACGAUGGAAGUUACGGUGGACUCUGUUGCUCUCCGUUCCCCCAAAGGUCAUUACUAUCAAGAGCUCUUGGUCAAAUAUGCAAAUUUGUGGCUCAACGUUCACCAGAGUUGAUGAUGAAAAAUUCACAUGGAUUAACUUCACCCCCGCCAGCAAAUCCACAAAAAUUAAUUGAAUACGCCCCGACCGGGCCUUUAUCAUUUCAUCCACAGCACUUUUAGGACUUCUAGUCUGUAUUCAUUUAAAAGUAAAGCAUCAAAGUUCAAUCUUGACCUUGGAAAUAGUCGUGUGACUACACAUUCCCAACUCAAGUUCCACUUAGUAGCUUUUUGCGGAGCUUUCAACCAUAUCACACAGUCUUCUAAAAGCACUGUGGAUGAAACAUAUCCAUCUCCAUGAGAACUGUGCAAACUACAUCCACAUGAAUACCGUGUGUGAUGGGAUUGUGGUGUUAAACUAUUUCUGUGGUCACAAAUGAACUUACAAAACUUAUUUUCUGAGUUGGAUUUUUUUCAAAAAGCACUUUUUUUUUUUUGACUAAAACUUGACUGUGUGGUAGUGUCCUGUGUGUACUUGAGGCAUAUUUUCAGCUGGUGGCGUUUACGAAGACAGUCACAGUAGGAGAACGGUUGCACAGUGGGGAUCUUACUCAGCUGGGCUAUCUGUGGGAGAAAAAGCCACAUUGAAUAACUGACCAUUAGCUUGACUCGGCCUGGACUCAGAUCAGAUGGCACUUUUUGGCUAGGCACGUUUGGCUCCGCAGUGAUAGAUGUUAUCAAUUACCACUGAAAAGAAAAACGGAAAUAAUUUUGUUAGUUUUGAUUCCCGCCUGGUGGAAGCAGGUUCCACCGGUGCUUAAAUGUGUUUUUGCUGUAAAACUGAGGUCAAAGCUGGUACCAAGUGAUAUUUGUGACAGUGUUGUGAUUGCUGUUGGCUCUGUGAUUCUCAUCAUCAGCAGACUCAACCUUUUCACUCUCUCUUUUCUCUCUCUCUCUCACACACACACACACACACACACACACACACACACACAGCCACGAACACACAUGAAUAAUGUAAGUGGCUAGGAAAUUGCAGCAGGCUGACAACGACGCUGAUUCCCCGCCGCAAUCCAAAAUAGUUUGUGAGAGAGAGAGGGGGCCAACACUUGCAUAUCAAACUGAGGCUUUGUGGUUAGAAAAGAACAUGGGGGGCAGGAGGAGUGAGGAGGCCAGAAAAGGCUCAUAUUUAAACAGCAGCGGAGGAGAGAUGAGAGUGCAUCAAAACCUGGAUUCACAAUGAUCUGAACCCCCUUCCUCAUUUUCUUUUUUUCGAACCAAGGGGAAAGCAGAGAAGAGGAGGUGUUUGAAAGGUUGGAGUUGUGUCGGUAAUUAUGGGUUGGCCAGUCAGAGUUGCCUGCUACAGUGAGCCAUUAUGUGGGUACGACACACACACGCACAUACACACACACACACACAUUUUUCUCUCCCUCCGUCGUCUCAGUCUGCCUAUAUUUGUACACUUGUUAAUAAGGACCACUGUCUUUGAUAAUCCACACACUUGCAGAUGCAUGAACACUCCUGCACACAGUUGUUGUGGGGCUUUUGAAAAGUGUUGUUCGGAAACCGCACAGCCUCAUUGUAAUGCAUACCAGUCGGAUUAGUGUGAAACAGCACCGCUUGUUCUUCCCCCCUCCCGCCUUCAUAUUGGAUGUUUAAUUUAGGAGAUGUCUGAUUGCUUUAUUUAAGAGUGAAGUGAUUCCAUUAUGUUUGCCUAAUAAGAGUGUCCUAAUGUAAUUUUUAUUUUUUUUUCAGCAUUCUUAAUUUCCAUACAUAUUGGGAUUAGUAGUCCAUUCGGAGUUGCGAUGUCUGACUUUGGUUGUCUUAAUGAAAAGGAGAUGAGGAAAGCCAUUAACGUGUGCGCAUGAAGAAUUCAGCUCAACGCUUCAUUUAGGCUCAGAACUAGUCAAUGUUGCUGAAACAAACAUGACCACUUGAAUUCAUAUUUUUGCUUGGUGAAUGAGUCGUUUGAAUAAAGAGAGAGAGGAAAUGAAUAUAGAGAGAGAAAUUUCCGUUGCCAUAAACCAGACUAAAGGCCAGAUUCACACCUGUAUCUGUGUUCUUUCGAAUAAAACAGCUAAUUUCCUCCUAUAUAAAUCUAUAACAAUAACUUUGUAUCUUGCCACUAUAUGGCCAAAUGUAUUUGGACAGCCUCUCAUUACACCCAUAUUGAUAAAAUGAUCUCAACUCAAGGUCCACUUACUUAGUUGUUCUGGAGCUUUUGACACAGUUGAAUGCUCCUCAUCCGCAGAUUGAGUUUGCUCAUUCGCUAUGGAACUGUAGAUGUCCUAACUUUCCAUGAUCCUGAGCAGCUCUUCUCAUACAUGUUGGCUCAAUGUUGUUUUUGUCCCCGUCUAGUUUUAGGAUUUGUUCUUUUGAAUAUUUCUUUCUUUGCACCGUGUACCACGGUUUUAUAUCUUUUUUUUUUUUUUUUAACAUUUUUGAUGCUCCUGUAAACUGUGGGAUUAAUACUAUUACUGUCUGUGUUUUUGCUGGAGUGAACAGAGCUGACCGUUUGAAAGUAGUUGCUCGGUCAGCGAUGUUUUUAGUUUGAAAAAAAAGUUGUAAUUUACCCAGAAUUCAUAGCAAAUUAGUUUUACUAAGGAUAGUCAAUAACUAGACGGCUUUGUGCAACAGAUGAAUUUAGAUGUCAAUCUGAAGUCCGACUAUUGGUUAGAUCUAAGCCAUAGUCACAGACUAAGACGGUCAUGCUUAAUUCCGCCAAUAUGUGAUUGUAGAUGAUGGGUGUAAAUAUGCAGCCGGACAGCCUCCACUCUUCUGGGAAGGCUUUCCAGACCUGGUUCUCAGACCUCAUUCAUAAAGGCGUUGGAUGGGGUUGAGGUCAGGGCUCUGUGCAGGCCCACACCAUUUAAAACAGGCCGAAGACCAGAAGUAUGCGUACGUGUACGCACACAAGAUGGGACACAAGCAGACGCAACCUUAGACUGAUACAUUUCUCACUUGCCAAAGUUUGAGUCAAGUCAUCAUUCAGCUGUAGUGUAGUUUUGAUCAGUGUUUGGGGGCAUGUUUGUGCUGAUGCUUGGGUAAAAAUACACUUAGAUUUUAUUGUUCAUUUCACUGUAAGAUCAUUUGUAUUCAUGAUGUACUGCAGUUCCGGUGUCUUAGACAAACCAUCUGACAAGCAUCUCUCUGGAAGCAUCUAAACAGAUGAUCCCACUGAGCCAGUGUCAUGUAAAUACAGUGAAGCUAUUUAUGAAUGUGAAAUUUCCACAUGGAGUAUAAGGGUCUAAAUAACACGAUACACACAUUCAGAAAUUAUUGACAGGCUUUUUUUAAUAAAAGCUAAAGGAUGUUCCUGAAUGCAGGGAACUGAUGCUCCUUCAAGGCUACAUAAUGAACAUAAUCGCCUUCAGCACAAGCACUGUUAGAAAAUCUGUACAUCGAUAGUUGACUCCAAUUAGUAAUUGAUCGUGUGAACACAGCAUGUUGUCCAUUCAACGUAAUUCACUGGUUUUAAACUGUAGGUGUCGCCACCACCCAAGAGAAACCAAGUUACACUUACAAAAUAUUAUUUCCAAUAGCACAUUUUCCUGCGAUAGCCAAAAGUGUCGCCACGGAAGAGUAUCAGACUAACAACUCCUAAAUUUCUGGUCGGAAGGCGCACACGGUAUGUGCUUGUACGUUCAUUUUUCACUGAUAAUAUUUUGUUUGUACUGUACAUUCAUUCGUACUGAUAAUGUGUUUGCGAGUGUAAUAUUUAUUUUAUUGCAGUUUUUCGCGGUGUUUGCUGGUUAAAAAAGGCAGAUGUUGCUGGUGAAAGGAAAACAAUAAAUACUGAUCAAACAUCA